AUGUUUGGCACUAUGCAAAGCUUACAUAAUUUUAUCCGAGCAUCUUCAAAACGACAUGUUGUGUUUGAAUCAACAUUGCUGGAAUUUUCGAAAAAAAGUGGUCCGUCAACAUUGAAGAUUUUAAGUGAUACCAGGUGGAGUUGUAGAGCUGAAGCAUUAAAUUCAAUUUUAUUAAAUUAUGAAGUGAUAAUCAAAAUACUUGAAGAAAUAUCCGAAACUGAUAUUUCAUGUGGCCCUGAAGCUACUUAUUCAUUAUUAAAAAAUAUUUGCGACUUUAAAUUUGUGUUUUGUUUGGUAUUUAUUAAAGAUGUUAUGACCCAUACAAAUAUAUUAUCUAAAUAUCUACAGUCUAUCAACAUGAAUUAUGCUGCUGUUAUUAGUAUGUCAACUCAAAGUAUAAAUAUUUUUAAAGAAAUGCGAUCAGAUAAAAAGUUUGAUGAAAUGUGGGAUAAAGUAAUUGAAAUAGCAAUAGAAAAUAAUAUCAAACCUCCCCAAGUACCUUGA